AGAACAAACAGCUUCAUUGCCAGCGAGAAAAUCAGAAUUAAAGGAGAAAAAAAAAAGAAAUGGAAAUUGGAACAGAGAUUCAACGUUCGGAGGGUUUAUGCAAGUAAGUAAAGAAAUAUAGAUGCGUCGCAGCCUCGUUCAGGGUCUUCUGACAGACGUGAUUGCGCGCGCAGCCUUGGGGGGGGCAGUGACCUCGUUCGGGUGCGUUUCUUUUUUCAGGGUCUUGCGCUGGAUCUGCGGUCCUUCGCUUCUGGGCGAUGAUGUCGAUCAGGCGGUCGGACGGUCGGGAAGGGAAAGCAGGCGCGUCCUUUUUUGCACUCGAGCCCCCGGCAACGAAGAGCAGAACAACACAACUUAACUUAAUGUUGGUGGUGGGGGAGGAGGAAAUCGACGUGGAGGACGAAGAGGGGAAUCUGAUUUGCGCGCAAGAUCAAUG